AUGUCAGCUUCUACUGCUGCAAUUCCUACUGCGAAUACAAAUGGAAAUCAUGCAUUAAGUUCGGACUCGCAUUCUAGCCAAGAUGCUAGGCGACGAACAGCUGGUAUUACAAGAAGAAAAGCCUUGCCUCCGAUUCUUCUUGCAAAAAUUCCUAGCAAUGAUCUGAGUCAUACUAUCCGUGGAGAAUCAGUUCUUGACAAGUCAAAAUAUUCUUCCGAAGCAAGAAAAGAUGUGGUUGCUUCAGCAGCUGCUGAACGUCAAAACAAAAGCACUACAGAUGCGGUUGCUUCAGCAGCUGCUGUAUGCCAAAAGAAAAGCCCUACUAAACAAGAAAAAGCCAAGUGGGUAACUGCCUUAAGUGUGCUUGUGAAGCUGUGUCUUCUUAUCUCAGCUACUGCUUGGAUGGGGCAGGUGUUCUGGAGAUGGCAAAGUGGUGAAUUAUCAUUUACAACACUGGAUAUGGAGAACAGGCUAUCCAAGGUGGAAGGAUUCAAGAAAACGGCCAAGAUGCUUCAGCUACAGUUGGAUGUUUUGGAUAAGAAGCUAGGAAAUGAGAUUGACAAAGCAAAAAGGGAUAUCGCUAAGCAAUUGGAGGAUAAGGGUAAUAAGAUAGAGAAAAAGAUGAAGACUUUGGAAGACAAAACUGACAAGUUGGAUAAGUCACUGGCUGAGCUUAGUGACAUGGGAUUCCUUUCUAAAUAUGAGUUUGAGGAGAUUUUGAGCCAGUUGAAGAAAAAGAAGGGAUUCGGUGGUACAGACGAUGAAAUAAGCUUGGAUGAUAUAAGGCUAUAUGCCAAAGAGGUAGUUGAGAUGGAGAUAGCAAGUCUUUCCGCAGAUGGCCUUGGUAUGGUGGAUUAUGCAUUGGGAUCUGGUGGUGCUAAAGUGGUAAGUCACUCAGAGCCUUUGAUGAAUGGCAAGAACUAUUUACCUGGUCGAAGCAUUGUGCACACAACAGCCCAAAAGAUGCUGGAGCCAAGUUUUGGGCAGCCAGGAGAAUGUUUUGCACUGAAAGGAAGUAGUGGGUUUGUGAAGGUGAAGCUAAGAACAGGAAUAAUUCCUGAGGCGGUCACCCUAGAACAUGUUGACAAGAGUGUGGCCUAUGAUAGAUCAAGUGCUCCAAAGGAUUUCCAGGUCCGUGGAUGGUACCAAGGAUCACAUGAUGAUUCAGAAAAGGAUUCAAAUGUGAUGGCUGCUUUAGGAGAGUUCUCUUAUGACCUUGACAAAAGCAAUGCUCAGACCUUCCAACUAGAGGGAACCACUGAUUUACGUGUUGUCAACAUGGUUCAGCUUGACUUCUCCUCAAACCAUGGGAACUUGGAACUUACAUGCAUCUAUCGCUUCAGGGUGCAUGGCAGAGAGCCUGGCUCCCUCAACACUGGAAGAUGA